UGGACCGCCAGGGAAUUCCCUAAUUUUUUUUUAAUUGGUUGAAUUUGUUGCUUAAAAAUGUAUGAUAGUGGAUACGCUUGGGGGGUUUAUUACUGAAAGGGGGCCUGUGCAGGAAAGAGUGAACACUGCUGGCCUGUGAUGAUAACCCUGUACAUGCUGAAUUUACUACUAGGGGUUUGAGUACAUUUGCAAUGUGAAAAAAAGGGAAGUUUUUAAAAAAUGGCUUUGUAUUUUGUGGCCAUUGUAUCUGGAGAUAUGAUAAAAUUGAUUUAUGAUGUUACAUGCUUGUAAUUUCAUAAAUGCUAGUGGAGCCAUCUCAAACAUGCAAAUUUUAAAUUAAGAAGGUAUUGGUGGGGUAUAGCUUCCUUGCUUUUCCUAUCCAUAGGUAGGUUGGAAUUUAAAUUCUUUGGAUUUUAGAACCAGAACAAGUCUCCAUACCUGAUGAUUUUUGCUAUGAUUUGUGUCUGUUGGAACCUCUGGAAAGAGGGUGACAACAUAAGAAGAGAGGCACUCUCUGAAUAGAAAUACACAUUUGGAUUUUGAAAAAGCAAUUAGUUAAGUUUCGAAUUGGCCCUUGUUGAAAUCAGAUGUCUGACCCUUAGAGGUUGAUGACUGUCCAGUCUGAUAUGCAUGUUUUUGAGUGGGUCAGUUUGGACUCUGAGACUGACAAAAGGGGUACCAUGCUGUCUGGCACUGCAGCACACCUUUGCUACUGCUGAAGAAAAGUACCCGGCUUGAUUGGAAUCCCCAGUUCACUGACCCUCGUUGCCUGGACCUCACUCUAAGCUGAACCCUAACACUGGCUGUCAGUACACUCUUUCAGCUUCCCAAGGAGCAGUGCUGAACUGAAAGCAGACCCAGGCUCCAUGGGCAGAGUUCAGUCAGACUCUGGGACCACUGGAGAUUUAGGGCUCCUCUCUGGAGCUCUAAAUGAUGACAGCAUACAUCGUGGAUGCUGGCUGUACCAACUGGGUCACAUACAAAUGCCCACAGGAAAGAGCCAUUCUUUGACGGGACCAUCUAAAAUCAAGCUGCUAAUCAGCUCUUUUAUGUCUGAUGCAGAGGCUGAUUGCAUCCUGACUUGUGAUCCCUGCCCAAACCUGCAAGUUGGAGGAGGGCACAUCACAGAGACUCUGACCGCCGGCCGCCUCCUGCUUUUGACAUAUCAGAUUCUGGGCCUUCCCUGAGGGUGGCUCGAUGCUUUUGAUUUGUGUGCUCAACCUCCUGGGUGAGCCGUAACUUUACUACCACGGGUUGAUAGGCUUACUUCGCCUCCUCACUUUGCCCUCUGUACACACACCUUGUAAGGCAGAGUGACUACUCUGGUGUAGCUGUCUCUGGAAAAGGACUGAUCUUUUCUAGGCUGUCUCUGGGGAAAGGGGGUGGAAGGUUAUAUGCUGCUAAGUCACUUCAGUCGUGUCCGACUCUGUGUGACCCCAUAGAUGGCAGCCCACCAGGCUCCCCCAUCCCUGGGAUUCUCCAGGAAGGUUAUAUAAACCCACUGUAAAAAUUUUUACAUUCAGGACUUCAUCCUCUAUUAGUGUGCUAGGACUGCAAUAACAAAAUAGCACAGACUGGAUGGCUUAAAAAAUAGAAAUGUAUUUGCUCACAGUCCUAGAGGCUAGAAGUCCAAGAGCAAGCAGUUGGCACGUUUCUCCUAAGGCCUGUCUCCUAGGCCUGUACCCGGCAGCCUUCUCACUGUAUCUUCACAUGGUUGCCCCUCUAUCUGAAUGUCUGUGUCUUAAUCUCUUCUUAUAAGAACACCAGUCAUAUUGGAUGGGCCCACCCAUUUUACUUUAAUCACCUCUUUGAAGGCCAUAUCUCCAAAUACAGUCACCUUCUGUACUGGAUGUUAGGACUUCAGCAUAUAAUUUGGGGAGAACACAGUUCAGCCCAUAACAUAUCCUGAUCAAUUCCUGAAUAUUUUUCCAGUUAAAUUAUAUUAAAAUAUUUAUCUGCAAAAUUAUUCCCAUGUCUCUUGCACACAGCCCUUCUGGAUGAAAGGCCUGGAUGAGAAUAAAAGAUUAUUGAAAAAAUGUCACGUUAGUAUUGCUGAUCAAAAGCCUGGCACCCAGGGAGCUUUGGGGGCGGGGAGAGCAUUUAUGAUCUUCAUUUCUCAGAAAUAUUCUGGAAACUUUCCCCUUUUCCUGAAGGAAAGCUCCCAGUGCCAUCAGCUGGAAGACUGACCCUCAGCUGGCAUCUGGGUUCUUGAAUUUCAGGAGAGUUCUCACCAUUCCCUAAAUGAUAGGAGUUGCUUAGUGAGUUUAAACUGUGUAAACAGUGUGGUUUAUGCUGCAUGCCUGCUUUCCUUCCAGGAAUGUAGAAUUUUGGUGUGUUACAGGCAGAGGGUACCUGUGUGACCAAGCCCCAGAAAAGCCCUGGGCUGGACUCUCUGAUGAGCUUCUCUGGUAGAUAACAUUUCACACGUGUUGUCACACUCAUUGCUGGAGGAAUUAAGUGUGUCCUGUGUGACUGACUCCACUGGGAGAAGACUCUGGGAAGCUUGUGCCUGGUUUCCUCUGGAUUUUGCUCUAUGCACCUUUCCCUUGGCUGAUUUUGCUUCAUAACCUUUCACUGUAAUAAAUCCUAGUCAUCUAUGAGUAGGACUAUAUGUUGAGUCCUGUAGGGGGAUGGUCUUGGGGCCCCCCACACAGGGCACAAGGGGGACUUACGGGGUGGUUGGUCGUGUACUCUUUCUCAGUCUGGGUGCUGCUUACAUGAGGUAUACUCAUUUUGUGAAAAUUCACUGAGCUGUCCAGUUAAUAGAUGUAUACUUUUUCGGUACAUAGAUUCAACUUUAUAAAAAGAUAAAACAAUAUUGUACACCACAGGGAUUAAAAAAUAAUAAUUUUUAAAAACAACUUCCUUUUAUUUAUAAAGCAUUUUAGUCACUCCUUUUUGCCAAGCAUUGUGCUGAGAGCUUGGGACAUGGGGUAGGAAAGAUGUCUUCAUUGCCUCUGAGUUUAUUGGGAGUUAUGUAAAGAGAUAACUGUGAUAUGACUUUUGCUGACUCCUAGCAAAGACAUCAUAGGAUGCUGGGCUUACAACUUGAGUGAUUCUCGGGUUGCCACUUAAGUAUCUAUGGAAGCCAGACAGGCAAAGGGGCAAAGGAGGGUUAGCAGGGAACUCUGACAAACUGGGAAGGUAUGUUAAGUAAGCAUAGAGUUGCAACAGCUAAUAGUUUUUUCAAAGCUGCAUUUUUAUGUGAGCUCUCUUGAUUUUUCAGUCCUGUAUAUGAAUCCAAAUUUUAAAAAGUGAAAGACCAAACAAAACACCUCUGCAGCCAAAUUUGACCUUGGCUUACCAGUUUGCCAGGCAUUCUGCCAACCUGUCAUCUUUCCCUCUUACAAAACAAUUGAGGGUCCACUAUUUUAGGCACUGGGAAAUAGAGCAGUGCGCCAGCCAGACAAUUUUCUUGCAGAAUGACCCUGGCGGGGGUGGUGGGGUUCUGGUACUGUACUUCUCAAACUUCAAUAUGUGUGGGAAUCAGUGGGUAGAUUCUGAAUUGGGGGGGUCUGCGUUGAGGCCUGAAGCUUUGGCUUUCUAACAAGCUCCCAGGUGUUGGUGAUGCUGGUGGCCCCUGCUGUUAUUUGAAGAAGAGUAGGGGGUUUGUCUGGAAGAUGCGUUUGCCUGGCAAGCAUUCUCUUUAUACUUCGAUUUUAGUUUAUGGGGUGAUUUGGAAGAGAGCUGGUGACUUCUGGGGCGGAUAUUAGGGCUCCCCCAUGCUGUCUCUCAUUCUAGGUCUCUAUUCUCAGAGUUUAUAAUCUAGAAGGCGAGGUGGGGAUGGAGGAAGGUGCUGGGAAAAGCUUCCUGGAGGAGGUCCUCGCGGACUGCAGGAGCUUCCCCUGCUGUCGAGAAAGGAGAAACCCUGAACUCACCCUCUUCUGGGGCGGGGUCUCAGCAGCCCCACACCAGCUUUGGUUUCCCAGGCAUCCCACGUGUCUUCCGUCCGCCAUCCCUGCCAAUCAAGCUCCUCCCCGGGCCUGGGUGAGAGUUUAAAGGCGGCUGCAGUGCCGAGCGCUCCCAGAGUGCCGCGCGGCGGGCGGGUUUGGAUUUUAAAUCCCCGCGGCCAAUCAGUAGCGCGUAGGCUCUUGUAACGUUCCCGGCGCCGCGUUUGAAUUCGAGGAGAGGCAGAGCCGUGCCAAGCCUCUGCCUAGACCCUGCUAGGUCCGCUGAGCAACUCCGGGAACAUGAGUGCGGCGGUAACUGCAGGGAAGCUGGGGCGGGCACCAGCCGACCCAGGGAAAGCGCCCGGAGUUGCAGCUCCCGGGGCUCCGACGGCCGCCCCGCCGGCGAAAGAGAUUCCGGAGGUCCUAGUGGACCCUCGCAGCCGGCGGCGCUAUCUACGGGGUCGCUUUUUGGGGAAGGGUGGCUUUGCCAAGUGCUUUGAGAUCUCGGAUGCGGACACUAAGGAGGUGUUCGCGGGCAAGAUCGUGCCUAAGUCGCUGUUGCUCAAACCGCACCAAAAGGAGAAGAUGUCCAUGGAGAUAUCCAUUCACCGCAGCCUCGCUCACCAGCACGUCGUAGGCUUCCACGGCUUUUUCGAAGACAACGACUUCGUGUUCGUGGUGUUGGAGCUCUGCCGCCGGAGGUCUCUCCUGGAGCUGCACAAGCGGAGGAAAGCUCUCACGGAGCCCGAGGCCCGCUACUACCUGCGGCAGAUCGUCCUGGGCUGCCAGUACCUGCACGGAAACCGCGUUAUUCACAGAGACCUCAAGCUGGGCAAUCUCUUCCUGAACGAGGAUCUGGAGGUGAAAAUAGGGGAUUUUGGACUGGCAACCAAAGUGGAGUAUGACGGGGAACGGAAGAAGACCCUGUGCGGGACUCCUAAUUACAUAGCUCCUGAGGUGCUGAGCAAGAAAGGGCACAGUUUCGAGGUGGACGUAUGGUCCAUUGGGUGCAUCAUGUAUACCUUGUUAGUGGGCAAGCCACCUUUUGAGACCUCUUGCCUAAAAGAGACCUACCUCCGGAUCAAGAACAAUGAAUACAGUAUUCCCAAGCACAUCAACCCCGUGGCCUCCUCUCUCAUCAAGAAGAUGCUUCAGCCAGAUCCCAGUGCCCGUCCAACCAUUCACGAGCUGCUCAAUGACGAGUUUUUCACUUCCGGCUAUAUCCCUGCCCGCCUCCCCAUCACCUGCCUCACCAUUCCACCGAGGUUUUCAAUCGCUCCCAGUAGCCUGGACCCCAGCAACCGGAAGCCUCUCACCAUCCUCAAUAAAGGCAUGGAGAACCCCGUGCCUGAACGUCCCCGGGAGAAAGAGGAACCAGUGGUGCGGGAGGCCAGUGAGCCCGUCGACUGCCACCUCAGCGACAUGUUGCAGCAGCUGCACAGCGUAAACGCCUCCAAGCCCUCGGAGCGGGGACUUGUGAGGCAAGAGGAGGCCGAGGACCCUGCGUGCAUCCCCAUCUUCUGGGUCAGCAAGUGGGUAGACUAUUCGGACAAGUAUGGCCUCGGGUACCAGCUGUGUGACAACAGCGUCGGGGUGCUCUUCAACGACUCCACACGCCUCAUCCUCUACAAUGACGGUGACAGCCUACAGUAUAUCGAGCGUGACGGCUCAGAGUCCUACCUCACCGUGAGCUCCCACCCCAACUCCUUGAUAAAGAAGAUCACCCUCCUGAAGUAUUUCCGAAACUACAUGAGUGAGCACUUGCUGAAGGCGGGCGCCAACAUCACUCCUCGGGAAGGCGACGAGCUGGCCCGGCUCCCCUACCUGCGGACCUGGUUCCGUACCCGCAGUGCCAUCAUCCUGCACCUCAGUAACGGCUGUGUGCAGAUCAACUUCUUCCAGGACCACACCAAACUCAUCCUAUGCCCACUGAUGGCCGCCGUAACCUACAUCGACGAGAAGCGGGACUUCCGUACAUACCGCCUGAGCCUCCUGGAAGAGUACGGCUGUUCCAAGGAGCUGGCCAGCCGGCUGCGCUAUGCCCGUGCCAUGGUGGACAAGCUGCUGAGCUCGCGCUCAGCUGCCAACCGCCUCAAGGCCUCCUCAUAGCCCCCUGCCCCCUGGACUGGUGCCCUCCUCCUGCAGCUAGCACCUUGGCCCACGCUGGUUAGCACCGUGGAGCUAUUUUAUAGUGUGUCCCCAGCCCUGGGGGCCGGGGCGAGAACUUCAUCAUCCCUGCAGGUGGGGGCUGCUGUGUAAGUUAUUUUUGUACAUGUUCCGUGUGGGUUCUGUGGCCUCUCCCCUUGCCCUCAGGCCCACCCUAUGAAUUGUACAGAAUGUGGCUGUUGAAUUCAGGACUGUCCUUGGCUUUAUACACAUUAAACAUACGUGAAUCUUC